AUGGGGCGUCCCCCAGCUUAUAUAUUUAUAGUCAGACAUGGAAACCGCCUCGAUGCUGCUGACAAGUUGUGGCACCUUUCAUCGCCUACGCCGUACGACCCCCCACUGACAUACGGCGGCUGGUCGCAGUCCCGUGCCAUUGGCCAGCGCAUUGCCGACAUCCUGCGCGAGAGUACACCUCCCGAGUCCGCGCCACCUGCAGACGGAAAGCCGGCGCCCAAGAAGCGGCGGUACAAGAUUGUUAUCCACAGCUCGCCAUUCCUCCGAUGCAUACAGACGUCUAUCGCCAUCAGCUCUGGAAUCGCCUCGGAUUCGCUUCCCCUCGAACAUCCCCGAAGCUUUGAACCUUUGCCCCCCCUGCGCAUACGAACGCCCAUACAGAAUGGCCAGUCUUCAGCACCCACCAGCAACCCGAGUUUUGACUCGACACCAAAAACUAUCACGCCAAGGCUCAAUAAAUCCGUCAUGCGACUCGAUGCCUUCCUGGGUGAAUGGCUGUCGCCAGGCUACUUCGAGCUUAUCACGCCCCCACCCAGUUCAGUCUUGAUGGUUGCCAGUGCGAAGGCUGAACUCUUGCGGAGGGAGGACUACUCGACCUUUUCCAAUACGACGAAUCACCAAGCAGUACAUGCCCACUCCCACUCGGCCAGCUAUCUCUGGGGUGCAAACCGAUCCAACUCAUGGACUUCACGUCCAUCAGAGGGGGAAGAGCUUCCGAGAUCCGGUUCGCAGCACAUCCCGCCAGUCGAGCCACCAAUCGGACUCUUUACCAAUACCAGUGCAGACGGUCGUCCUAUGAGCAGCAACGGCGACAUCCAGAGCCCGCGCUGGGACGCGUCUGGCCAUGCCGGUAUGCAUCGCCCCAAUCUUGUCGGAUAUGUGGCGCCCGUGCCUCAGUUUGCCAUGUCGUCGCGUGCGCCUACACCAUCGGGCUAUGUUGCACAUGCGCGGGACGCUUGCGUGGACUUCGACUACCAGUGGGACUCGAUGCGGGCGCCUUAUGACUGGGGAGAUGGUGGCGAGUUUGGUGAAGAGUGGGCAGCCAUGCACCGUCGCUUCCGGAAGGGCCUACAGAAACUGGUUGACUGGUACUCGAUCACCGAUGCGCCAGCCAAGAUGGUCACAAACGCGGUUCAAUUUAGAGCUGGCUCUUCCAUCCUCGAGUCCAGCGGGAGCUGCAGUGAAGACGCGGAUUGUGCCAUUGAUGACAAUGACAGUGACAGCGAUACUGUGGACGACGACUGCAUUGAAGAAACUGUUGUGGUUCUUGUGUCACAUGGCGCAGGCUGCAAUGCGCUCAUUGGCGCAAUCACACAGCAACCAGUCCUCAUGGACGUUGGUUUGGCCUCGCUGUCUGUCGCGGUCCGGCGACCUGGCAUGAAUUCUUUGACCUCCUUUUCCGACGGCGAACACUCGCACACGCACAACUCUAAGUGGUCGGGAGCCAUCCACAGCGGGCAUCCGGAUGGCAUUGUCCCACUCAAUAAGUACUUUGAGAUGAAAUUGCUAGCCAACUCGGACCACCUUCGGUCCGUACCCACUACACCGACAACACCACGCGGCAGCAUGGCUUCCGUGAUUGGCGGUACGCGGGGUCGUCAUUCAAACUCACUUUCUGGCACGCCGGGAAAUUUCAACCUCUUUGAAAGCGGGGUCGUUGGCCACAGGAGCUCAUCGGCAGGCCAUUUUCAUGGAGGCGCCGACUUCGUAACGCGGCGGCCGUCUGGCGCGUCAUCUCGGCCACCUCUUAUCAAAAAUCCGGGCGGGAGUGCAGCCCGAUCGGGCAGUACCAACGGCCGAGGUUCCAGUGGGAUCACGAUUGGCAGUGGUGUUCUGACAUUCUCGCCGCCUACCAUAACGACUACUAGUCGUAUGAGCCAUUCACGGCCCGACUCAGUUGGACUUUGGUCACCCGCCAGCUCCACCAAGGACCCUGAUGAGGACAACUUUGACUUUUCGCUCACCGACGAGGGAGACUCCAAGGACGAUGACGACAUGGAGAUUCUGCUCAGCUUCGGCCCAGAGAGCCCAAAAUCCCCGCCACAGCCGGAGAAGAAAAAGAAAGCACCGUCAAUCCGCGGCAUUUCUAACCCCAUAUAUCCUUCAUCCCUGUCUAUCGCCCACUCGGCCGACGGUGACCAUGACGACCACAGCGAACGCACUGGCGAUAGCCUUAAAGGCGGUUACAAGGGCAUGUCUUCCGCUCUACCACGUCUCGACACUAGGGGCCCGACGUCCGCACCGUCAACCGACUACGGAGCGGAGCUGGUCUCGGCCGAUACAUUCACGCCUCCUACCACCUCGACCACCGCCAGGGCGGCCAGUCCUUCCAGUCCCAGUCUGUGGAUUCAUCCCCGUGUCGUUUCACUCAACAGUGACGAGCUGCCACACGAGAUGGCAACCUCCAAGCGGCGCUGGACCGUGACGGAGCCACCAGUUUGA